CAGGAGAAUUCUUCGACAUCGGGCAUUCUGUAUGGAAGCAGCACAGACACUUAAAAAAUGGACAGAGAUCGAAAGAGUCCGGAUAAAGACAAAGUGUCUUGUGACAGAGGCGACCCGGACGUCGACGGCCAAUCAUGGGCGGGAAGUCCCGGUUCUUCUCCCGCACCGGACUUGAAGACGACGGUGUCGCUAGAAGGAGAAGAGAGUUACCUCUGCGAUGAUAAACUAAAGAAACAACUGGACACGCUUGUCAUCAGAGAAAACAGCGUGGAUGCAAGACUUCAAGAGGUGGAGACCAGACUGGCCUCGGCCGAAACCAAACUGCGCAGCUGCAAUGACAUACUGGCGCUGAUUGGUCUGCUGAAAGACCGGAUCCGACUGGUCGACGAGGAUGAGAUUUUGCCCAGCAACGCUGAAUCCUCAUCAUCGUUCAGCGGUCAUCAGGCAGAAGGGUACGCAUCCCGGUCACCUUUAAGGUCACCCAACUCGCCUAUGAGGUCUGCCAAGUCACCCAUCAGAUCACCCAAGUCGCCCAGAUCGCACUAGCUAUAGACCCAGACUGUGUCUAUCAAAUCACCAUGAUGCAUCCUACUUUGUGACUACCUAGACUCACCAUAACAAGAUGUGCUCUAUCAUCAUCCCAUUUCAACUGCUGUUUCAACAUCGAGAAAGAUGCAUAACCUGAACCCUGUUCAAAGAAGAGUAAAAUCAAUUUCCAUGGAUUAAUAAGAAUCAAUUUUACUUCUUGUCUAAAAUUGAAAAUCUAUCCAUCUUUGCACAUGGAGAAUGUCUAAAUAAAUUAAAUGUGACAAGUUUGUCGUGUACUGUUAUGAAGAAUUUCUUCUUUACGUAAACUGAUCAAUUUUAAUGAUCAUCAACAUUGUGUUGUUAAAAAACAAGUGCGAGUGCACAAUAAACUCUGGCCCGGUUCCGGAAUGUCUCACUUCA